CUUUGGAUUAAAAAAUGGCAUAAACCAACGAAAGUUCUCUCAUCUUCUCUGUGACUCCCAAUCCCAUCAAAGGAGACCCAACCUUUCUUUUUCUACUCUCCAACCCUCCUUUGCUUCCUUCUCACUCCUAACGGAAGGUUUCAGAUCUGCUCUGGUUUACGCCCAUCUGCACAGAUUGCGUACUUGGAUUUAUGUAUGUUAGAGUAGCAUAGAUCCACAAGUGGGGCAAUUUCUCAAACACUUGGUGGGCGUUCUUUUUAUUCCGAUGGGAUCAUCGAGUAUGAGGUCGCCCUCAAUCCGACGUGCUUUUCUCGUGUUGGUCUUUUUCGCACAUGCCUGUAAUGGGUUUUAUCUCCCAGGAAGCUACAUGCACACGUACUCUAAACAAGAUGAGAUCUUUGCCAAAGUUAAUUCCUUGACUUCUAUUGAAACCGAGCUUCCAUUUAGCUAUUACAGCCUUCCUUACUGCAAACCCAGAGGUGGUAUAAAGAAGAGCGCUGAGAAUCUUGGUGAACUUCUUAUGGGAGAUCAGAUUGAUAACUCCCCUUACCGAUUUCGUAUGAACACGAACGAGACAAUAUACCUCUGUACUACUAGCCCGUUGAAUGAGAAUGAGGUGAAGCUUUUGAAACAGAGAACCCGUGAUUUGUAUCAAGUGAAUAUGAUCUUGGAUAAUUUGCCUGCCAUGAGAUAUGCCCAGCAAAAUGGAGUUAACAUUCAGUGGACUGGGUUCCCUGUUGGGUACACUCCACCAAACAGCAAUGAUGAUUACAUUAUCAACCAUUUGAAGUUUAAAGUCUUGAUUCAUGAGUAUGAAGGGAGUGGUGUGGAGAUAAUUGGAACUGGGGAGGAAGGUAUGGGUGUUAUUUCUGAAGCUGAUAAAAAGAAGGCUUCUGGAUUUGAAAUAGUGGGUUUUGAGGUGUUCCCCUGCAGUGUGAAACAUGAUCCUGAGGCCAUGUUGAAACUUCACAUGUAUGACAGCAUCUCAGCCAUAAGCUGCCCUGGGGAGCUUGAUAAGUCUCAAAUAAUAAGGGAGCACGAAAGAGUGUCGUUCACUUAUGAGGUUGAGUUUGUUAAGAGUGAAACAAGAUGGCCUUCAAGGUGGGAUGCUUAUUUGAGGAUGGAGGGAGCCCGAGUCCACUGGUUUUCUAUUCUUAAUUCACUGAUGGUCAUAACUUUCCUUGCUGGUAUUGUCUUUGUCAUAUUUCUAAGGACAGUGAGAAGAGAUUUGACAAAGUAUGAGGAAUUGGACAAAGAAGCGCAAGCCCAGAUGAAUGAGGAGCUAUCUGGAUGGAAGCUGGUUGUGGGAGAUGUUUUCAGAGAACCGGAAUGCUCAAAACUUCUGUGUGUGAUGGUUGGGGAUGGGGUUCAGAUUACAGGGAUGGCAGUUGUUACAAUUGUGUUUGCAGCCUUUGGUUUUAUGUCACCAGCUUCACGAGGAAUGCUUUUGACUGGAAUGAUUAUUCUCUAUCUUUUCCUGGGAAUAUCUGCUGGUUAUGUUGGUGUACGCAUGUGGAGAACUCUUAAAGGAACCUCAGAAGGAUGGAGGUCUGUUUCUUGGUCUGUGGCGUGCUUCUUCCCUGGAAUUGCAUUUGCUAUCCUUACUGUACUUAAUUUCAUACUUUGGGCUAACAACAGUACUGGUGCUAUUCCCAUUUCCUUGUAUUUUGUGCUCUUUGUUCUCUGGUUUUGCGUUUCAGUUCCACUUACCCUUCUGGGAGGAUUCUUCGGGACACGAGCUGAAGAAAUUUCUUUUCCUGUGAGAACGAACCAAAUUCCAAGGGAGAUCCCUGCCCGAAAAUAUCCAUCAUGGCUCCUUGUUCUUGGUGCUGGCACCCUUCCAUUUGGAACCCUCUUCAUUGAACUUUUCUUCAUCCUUUCCAGCAUCUGGCUUGGGAGGUUCUAUUAUGUCUUUGGCUUCCUGCUAAUAGUUCUUUUAUUGCUGGUUAUCGUCUGCGCUGAAGUGUCAGUGGUCCUCACCUACAUGCAUCUCUGCGUGGAAGAUUGGCGGUGGUGGUGGAAGGCAUUCUUCGCAUCAGGUUCAGUUGCCCUAUAUGUAUUCUUGUACUCUAUCAAUUACUUGGUUUUUGACCUGCAGAGUUUGAGCGGACCUGUCUCCGCUGUACUUUAUCUUGGCUAUUCACUUUUAAUGGCAGUUGCAAUCAUGUUAUCAACGGGGACCAUUGGUUUCCUCGUGUCUUUCUACUUUGUUCACUAUCUAUUCUCAUCCGUGAAAAUCGAUUAGAAGUCAACCAGCUGGAGAAGAGUCUACAUAGGAAGAUGAAGUUAAUUUUUUUUUUUUUGCUACUCAAAGGUGAUUGUGUAAGGCAUGUUAGAAAUCUCUUAUUAAUGUAUUGUAUUUAGGCCUCUAUCAUAAGUUUCAUGCUUUAGGGAGGACUUCAUUCUCGUUUGCUAUCAUGAUCCGCAUCAUUCCUCACCUUCCAAUUUUUUGAUCAUUUUUUAGCUAGUGUCGAGCUGCCUUUGGUUUUACCACCUUUAAGUUGAAUCAAUUUGUUCUAGGAAGUUUCUAAUUUGAUUGGAUCUUUUAUCAAUUGUAUCCUUUGCUAUCUCAACCAAAGUAAGGUAAAAUAGACAUUUUUUUUUCA